UUUUAGUUUGAAGCUGAGGAGGUAGAGGACAACGAACACAUUGUUACAGUGUCAAAGUUUCAACCUUUUUCAAGAUUUGGGCAGAAAGAUUGAAACUUUGAUUGGAAAAGAAGAUGAAGCUUUUGUGGGUUGUGUUUGUAAUGGUGUUUGUAUUUGGCAAAUGGGUUGAUGGGUUCUUGGAGUUUAAUGAAACAGAACUGGCCAACAUUGAGGCUUAUGUUCAUAAUGGUGAUGAAAUCUCCAACUCUAAACUCUCUGCUAAUCCUCUCAUGGUUGGACUCACUCUCAUUCAAGGAGCUGGUGCCAAAGGCGCAGUUUGUUUGGAUGGAACAUUGCCUGGAUACCAUUUGCAUCGUGGAUAUGGUUCAGGAGCAAAUAGUUGGCUCAUUCAGUUGGAGGGAGGAGGAUGGUGUAAUAGUGUUAGAACUUGUGUUUACCGGAAGAAAACUAGGCGAGGUUCAUCCUUGUACAUGGAAAAGUGGAUACCAUUUACAGGAAUACUAAGCAAUAAAGCUCAAGAAAAUCCAGAUUUUUUCAGUUGGAAUAGAGUAAAGCUUCGUUAUUGUGACGGUGCUUCUUUCACCGGGGACAGUGAAAAUAAGGCUGCACAACUGCAAUUUAGGGGACAACGCAUAUGGAAAGCAGCAGUUGAAGAUUUAAUGGCCAAGGGAAUGCACCAUGCCCAUCAGGCUCUUCUUUCUGGGUGCUCUGCGGGAGGCCUAGCAUCUAUUUUACACUGUGAUGAGUUCAGAAGCUUUUUCCCUAGAAAUAUUAGAGUAAAGUGCUUGAGUGACGCUGGUCUAUUUCUUGAUUCCGUUGACGUAUCUGGUGGGCGCACCCUCAGGAGUUUGUACAGUGGAGUAGUAGGCUUGCAGGGUGUGGAAAGCCAUCUGCCACGCAUAUGUACUAAUCACCUUGAUCCAACUUCUUGCUUCUUCCCACAAAACAUAAUUGGCCAUGUCAAAACCCCGCUCUUUAUUCUCAAUGCAGCUUACGAUUCAUGGCAGAUCCAAUCAAGUUUAGCUCCACCAUCAGCAGAUCCCGCCGGCUAUUGGCGUGAUUGCAGGUUGAACCAUGCGAAAUGCACUCCAUCACAGAUUAAAUUUUUGCAAGGUUUCAGGAAUCAAGUGUUGAAUGCGGUCAAAGGCUUCUCGAUGUCUAGACAGAAUGGCUUAUUCAUAAAUUCAUGUUUUGCUCACUGCCAAUCAGAGAGGCAAGAUACAUGGUUUGCUGAUGAUUCUCCUGUUGUUGGUAACAAGGCAAUUGCAAUAGCUGUUGGAGAUUGGUAUUUUGAUCGGACAGGUGUUAAGGUCAUUGAUUGUCCUUACCCUUGUGACAAAACUUGCCAUAAUCUGGUUUUCCGAGCCUAAUUUUAUCAGUCGCCUCAAUUUAUAUGGUCAUAUUAUAAGUGUAUCUUAUGUUCUUCCCAUCAUUUAUUAAAUGUACUUCAGAAUUCAACCAAGGUUGAUAGGAGAGACAAUAAACAGAAAAAAAGAAAAAGAAAAGAGGAUUGCUGAGAAAUGCAAAUGCAACCAGCAAGCCUUUUACAUAGCUCCCCCUCUGUACUUGCUAUCAAGUAGUAAUGCAAUUCUUUUUCUUUCU